CCGCGGGGCCAAUCCUGCCUCUGGGGCGCACCCGGGCCGCCUUUCCGGGCCUGCAGCUUCCUCCAGCCCGCCCCGCCCCUCGGACUCCCGGGGCCGCCCCCGGACCCCUUUCGCGCCCGGCCUCGCGGCGGCGGCGGCGGCGGCGACUCGGCAGCGCUCCGCCGCGUCCCCGAGUCCCGGGAGUCAGGCGCGGCGCGAAUGGGACCAAGUCAGGCAGCCCGGCUCCCUGGGUGGUUUGGAGAAUGUGAAACCUUUUAUAUUUUUGUGAAAUCGUGUUGGAUAGCAUGAAUCGACCCUGGUGACGUGGUUUGGCAGGGCAGCCUUCCACCACGGAGAGCCCAGCUGUCAGCUGCCUCACGGGAAGAUGCUGUGUGGACCAGGCAGCACGGGUAUGCGUGUGGCCACUGCCCUGGGAGUGCUGUGGCUCUGCCUCGCAGGCGCCGCAGUGGAAGUCCGGAUCCCUGAAGACCCCGUGGUGGCCCUCCUGGGCACUGACGCCACCCUGCGCUGCUCCUUCUCGCCCGAACCCGGCUUCAGCCUGGCACAGCUCAACCUCAUCUGGCAGCUGACAGACACCAAACAGCUGGUGCACAGCUUCGCCGAGGGCCGCGACCAGGGUAGCGCCUAUGCCAAUCGCACUGCGCUCUUCCCAGACCUGCUGGCUCAGGGCAACGCGUCCCUGAGGCUGCAGCGCGUGCGCGUGGCUGAUGAGGGCAGCUUCACCUGCUUCGUGAGCAUCCGGGACUUUGGCAGCGGCAGCGCUGCGGUCAGCCUGCAGGUGGCAGCCCCCUACUCAAAGCCCAGCAUGACCCUGGAGCCCAACAAGGACCUGCGGCCCGGGGACACGGUGACCAUCACGUGCUCCAGCUACCGGGGCUACCCCGAGGCCGAAGUGUUCUGGCAGGAUGGGCAGGGUGCGCCCUUGACCGGCAACGUAACCACGUCGCAGAUGGCUAAGGAGCAGGGCUUGUUCGAUGUGCGCAGUGUCCUGAGGGUGGUGUUGGGCGCUAAUGGCACCUACAGCUGCCUGGUGCGCAACCCCGUGCUGCAGCAGGACGCUCAUGGCUCUGUCACCAUUACACCGCAUAGAAGCCCCACAGGCGCUGUGGAAGUCCAGGUUCCCGAAGACCCCGUGGUGGCCCUCGUGGGCACUGACGCCACCCUGCACUGCUCCUUCUCGCCCGAGCCCGGCUUCAGCCUGGCACAGCUCAACCUCAUCUGGCAGCUGACAGACACCAAACAGCUGGUGCACAGCUUCGCCGAGGGCCGCGACCAGGGUAGCGCCUAUGCCAAUCGCACUGCGCUCUUCCCAGACCUGCUGGCUCAGGGCAACGCGUCCCUGAGGCUGCAGCGCGUGCGCGUGGCUGAUGAGGGCAGCUUCACCUGCUUCGUGAGCAUCCGGGACUUCGGCAGCGCCGCGGUCAGCCUGCAGGUGGCAGCCCCCUACUCAAAGCCCAGCAUGACCCUGGAGCCCAACAAGGACCUGCGGCCCGGGGACACGGUGACCAUCACGUGCUCCAGCUACCGGGGCUACCCCGAGGCCGAAGUGUUCUGGCAGGAUGGGCAGGGUGCGCCCUUGACUGGCAACGUAACCACGUCGCAGAUGGCUAACGAGCAGGGCUUGUUCGACGUGCGCAGUGUCCUGAGGGUGGUGUUGGGCGCUAAUGGCACCUACAGCUGCCUGGUGCGCAACCCCGUGCUGCAGCAGGAUGCUCAUGGCUCUGUCACCAUCACAGGUGCUGUAUGUGGAGGGGACUUUAUGGAGCAAACACUGGACAUGGAGCCUGGAGAUGCAGGGCAGCCCAUGACAUUCCCCCCUGAGGCCCUGUGGGUGACCGUGGGGCUCUCUGUCUGUCUUGUCGCACUGUUGGUGGCCCUGGCCUUCGUGUGCUGGAGGAAGAUCAAACAGAGCUGUGAGGAGGAGAAUGCAGGCGCUGAGGACCAGGAUGGGGACGGAGAAGGAUCCAAGACGGCCCUGCGGCCUCUGAAACACUCUGAAAGCAAAGAAGAUGAUGGACCAGAAAUAGCCUGACCAUGAGGACCAGGGAGCUGCUGCCCUGCCCUGGGGCUCCCACCUCUGGCUGCAUUGGGGCCUCAGUGUGAGCCUUGGGCUGGGGGCUUCUCUGCCCUUAACAGAUGGCUUCUACUCUAGCGGGUCUACUCAUUCUGCAAAGGACACGAUACAUAGACCACCCCGCAGCCUUAUUUCUCCGAUGGACAUGAUUCCCAAGUCAUCCUGCUGCCUUAUUUCUCCAGUGACACGAUACAUAAAUCAUCCUGCCGCCUUAUUUCUCCAAUGGAUAUGCUACAUGGACCAGCUGGCUGCCUUUUUCCUUCAAAGAUGUGAUACACAGUCACCCAUUAUCCCUUCUCAGCCUUUUCUCCCACCUGCCCGUAAUUCUGUCUCCUCUGACAGGGCCACUGCAGCCUUAGCAUUUCCUCGAGUCUAGAGGCUUCUCCUUCUGCUCUGUCCCUAAAGUUGGCCUUUCCCCUGUCCUACUAAGUGAAGACAGGGCCCCUCCCCCAGGCAUGCAGACAUGCAGGUGCACGUGCUGGAACACGUGAGGACCUCCCCUGGCCCCGUCUCUUCCGUGGCGCCCUGGGCUGUGCCCCGUGAGCCCCACCUUCUGCCCGCCCUCCCCACGGGAAGCACGUGCUGGUCACACUGGGUCUCUGGGCGGCUGUGUGGGCCCCCUUGGGGUCAGCUUCUGUCCCUCUGCUUUUCCUGACUUUCCUUUCGUUUAUCCACUCAAGUAAUGUUCACUGAGCAUCUAUGGGGUGUCAGCACUGCGUUAGGUGCUGGGGACCCUGCGUGAGAAGACAAGCCCCUCCCUAAGGAGCUUGCCCUUCAGCUGGGAAGCCCGUGAGGGAAGAGUGGUUGUGAGGGGGCUCCUGCCUCGCUCCCUACUGCACUCCUCUUCUGUACCGCAUUUCCCUGGAUACCUCACUCCCAUCCCGUCCCUAAUCCUUACCCAGAACAGAGGGUGGGGGCAGAAACGUGGAGAGAGGGACAUAAGCCUCUCACCACGACUGGAGAAUCGGAUGGUUUCCUAAGUGUCUUUCCAGGCAUGAGCAGGGGGGCAGGCAGCCAAGGCCUGACAGACCCCGGGAAGCUGAGAGCCGCAGCAUAGGGGAAGCCUGGGGCCUCUCCUCACUGGCUGGAGCCUGGGGGCAGGGACAGCCCCCUCUCCCACCAUGGUGCUAUUCUGGGGCUGGGCAGCCACUUCCUGGCUUGUCUCUGGCUGGUCCCCAGCCUCCAGUGGAGUAAACUUCUGAUGAUCUGAUGUCCUCCUGUUGACAUCCCUCCCUUCACCAGGAAUAAAAGAUGUGGGGAUUUCUAAUUUAAA